AUGCCGCGGCCAUCGCAAUCUCCCGCUCAGCCCCAGAAUGAGAGCAGAAAACGAGGAAGAAUCGCGUGCAGUCAAUGCAGGCAAGCCAAGAUUCGCUGCGGCCUGGAACAGAUCCCAUGCUCGAGAUGUGAAAGGGUGGGCCUCGACUGCUCGAUCAACCCCUCAUAUAGACGCGUGAGCAAGAAUGACAAAGUGAAGGAGCUCGAGCAACAAGUCCAGCAUCUUCAUGAGUUCAUCGAGCACCAGCACGACGGGGUUUUGCCCGUGUCACGCAGUUCUCGAGGCAGCUCUGUCCGAAACAGCGCAGAUCCCUAUCAUACCGGCACUAUCAAUUAUGAUCCAAGUCCACAGAGCUCCGUGAGCCAUUCAGCUAUUGCUCCGAAAACUGGCCACAUUGACCCUCCACCAAACCAACAAGAUGCAGCAACCCGUGUUCUUGGGCGCAUAACAAUACCCCAGAAGCAAACUCGAGCAAUGUUUGCAACGUAUUUCAAGCAUUACCAUCAUUUCUUGCCGAUCUUGGAACCCACCAGAACCGAAGCGACCUACUAUCAUACCUCUGUGCUAUUAUUUUGGUCAGUGAUCGCCGUGGCAACUAGACAGCUGAGGUCCGAUGAAGAUCUGUUGAGUCGGUUGGCACCGGAACUCAACCAACGACUCUGGACUACACUGGCAACCAGCCCUGUGUCACUUGCAACAGUUCAGGCGAUGCUACUGCUUUCCUGCUGGCCGCUUCCAAACGUCCGAUUGUGGACCGAUAAAUCGUGGAUUCUGAGUAACCUGGCGAUGAAUACAUCCAUUCAGCUGGGAAUGCACCGACCGGGCUCCGAGAUUGGAUAUUCGAAAGAGACCCUCUCUCUGACUCGGGGCGACAUCGCGGACCGGGCUUGUACGUGGUUUGCGUCCGUAGCCCUAUGUCAGAGUCUCUCCGUCGACCUUGGCCACGGUCCUACCGCUCAUUUUGACGACUGGACUGUCCGCGCCGUCUGCGAGGGCUCUUCAUUUGACGACAUUCCCUCUGAGUUGCGUCAUAGUCUCAUGAUUGAAAGAACCAACCACGAUGCCCUACUUCUUCUUUCCAAAGACGCUCAAAGUCCUUUUGGUGUUCCCACUGGGGACAAUGGCUUUGACAUCAUAUGGGAAUGCGAGAGACGAUUUGAUGAGUUACUUUCCACUCUCGAGUCACAACUCAGCCUGACAAACAGACUGGAUCUCCAGCAUGCCCGCUUACACAUCCAGUGCAUCUAUUUCUUGUAUGAUGAAGAUAACAGCCUUCGUCUACCAGGGCUGUUGAGAGCUUAUUCGACAGCCUCGGACAUUGUGAACACCAUUUUAUCUGACGAAACAUCCCAUGACGUACUACCAUAUGCUCCGUUGCGCGUGGUCAGGAUCAUAUUCAACGCGGCGUUAGUCAUUUUCCGAAUCCUACAUUCAACAUGUGCCGCGGGCCUGGACUACAAAGGAGGGCGCCUCUUGUUCAAUGCCGCAGCUUUCUCCAUGAGGCAACUUUCGGUGCUGCAGAAAGACAAAGAUCAGCCUCUUCGCGCAUCCGAAAUGCUACGAGCAUUCUGGAGGGCCGCGGAACGAAACCCUUCAAUGUCAAGUCAGGCCCCGAAGCUGCAUAUCAAAUCUAGAUUGGGUGCUAGCCUGGCUUAUGACUGUCUUCUCUUGUUUCGCAACAAGUCCAGUGACAACAGGGCUAGGGGUCCGGAUGCCCCUACGCAGAACAACCAAGCCCCGACCGGAGAACUGUCGCAGAAUACCCUGUCUCCUAUCUCGAAUGAAUUGCCUGAUCCGAUAUUCUUGCCAGCCGUACCACCUACGGAUCUGGACCUGUCAAUCUUUCCUGAAGGAAUCUUGAGCAUCAGUCCGAACAUAGACAUGACAGAUACUUUGUGGCUCCAGGACAUUGGCUACCCAGCGUUUCCGGAUAUCGAAGUCUGGCAAAGGUAGGGCAGACUAGUAUCUUCGAGACAUGACCUGUUACAGGUGCAGCGCUGAUAGACGCGCUCAACUAUUUUAUCGACACAUUCCAAGUCUAUGCCGCUUCCGCGGGCACUGACCACACGACUCUUCGUUCUGCUUUUGCAGGACCUACCUCCCUCUUUUGCACCGACCAGUUUUCAAAACACAGGGUAUGCCGGGUCAAGUAUCGAAUUGGAUUUGUUGCCAACGCCAUGAUACCUAUUCUAUUCUUCUGCUCCUUCGAUGGAAAAAGGAUGCAGACAAUGGAAAUAUGGCCCCGAAUUUCAGUAGAACGAUGGCUUGCGUGAGGGCAGUGCGUACCUGAAUUGCAACGAGAGUAUGCAGGUCAGAAAUGGCCGGGAACGAAUGCGAGCAGCAAACAGCAUGUACUAUGUAGUACGUUGACUAUUCCGUCCCGUGUGAGUAAGGGGAUGGUGUGAGA